AUGUGCUGGUUGCAGAUGGUCCUGUGGGGAAAUUUUGUUGUUGGUGGGGGUGCGUUGCGUGUUGCGUUGCGGGUUCGCUGCGUUGCUACCGGAUUGUUUGUGCACGUUGUACAGUUUUUGUUUAAGAUGGUAAGGAGUGCUGGCGGGCUUGCUGACGUUCACGCUUGCUCGAUCCGGUACGUUGCUGCUGCUGCUGAGCCGUCAAGGCGCUCUGAGCUCAUAAAACGGCGGAGAAGCGCCUCACCAGCAAUCAGUCAGUCAAGUCAUUCGUGGUGCCGAAGCCUCGGCCGAGGCUGCAUAUGCAUUACCAUGGCUGAUGAUUUAUCGCAGUUUUUUGCAAAAAAAUCUGCCAAAGUGAAGGAUCGGAAGAAGAAGGUGAAGCUUAGCGUCGAUGAAGUUGGCCAAGUUUUGGAAAGGAAAGCGAAACGACAGGAGGAACGAGAUCGAGAGGAUGAGGAGGAAGAAAGACGCGCCCAGGACGAUGCUGCUUUCUUCGAGAAACAUCCGGAGGAUUCAGAAUGGCUCGAGUACAAGGAUACAAAUAAGUCUGUUACUUUUUAUGCUGCAUUAAUAGAAUUGGGGAGUCCUAGAUGGCCCUGUUAG